UCCUUGUUAUAAAGGUUCCGGAAAUAUUUAAAUGUAACCAAACAUAUUUCUUAUAAAUGAAGUCAGAUAUAUUAGUUUGAGUUUUCUCUCAGUGGACAUAGCUAUGAUUUUGUAUUCACAUUUAGUUACAUAUGUACACUAACCUAGUUUGUUUUUCGAUUCAUCUAUUGAUGUAUGUACCUUUGUUUGAAUAUGAAUAUAUCUUAUCUAAAGGAAACAAAGUCUACUCCCCGAGAAGUGAUUGAUGUCGAGCCGGAUAGAAUUAGUUGCUUACCAGGUCAUUUAAUAGACUGUAUUCUAUCUUACUUGCCAAUUAAAGAAGCAGUGAGAACAAAUGUUUUAUCCAACAAAUGGAGGAACAAAUGGUACACACUGCCAAAUCUGGUGUUUGAUGAACAAUGCGUCUCUCAUUUAGCUUCCGAAGACCCUUUAGUUAUUGAGAACAAGUUUUUGAAAAUUGUUGAUCAUGUACUAUUAGUUCAUUCUGGGGUAAUCAACAUGUUUAAGUUCGUUGACUAUGAGAAUCUUGUGAGUGAUAGUGCUGAUAUUGAUCGAUGGAUUCUUCAUCUAACUGGAAGGUCUAUUAAAGAGCUUGUGGUGGAAGUUUGUACAGAGGAACACUAUAAGAUACCUUGGUGCUUAUUCUCAUGUCAAAGUUUGCAGUGUUUAAAAUUACAUUGGUGUGGGCUUAAACCUCCAACGACAUUUGAAGGCUUCAAGAACAUGAAAAGUAUUCAUCUAAGUUCGGUCAUGGUGGCUCAAGAUGUUUUGGAAAACUUGAUAUGCGGUUGCCCCCAGCUUGAAGAAUUGAAAUUGACACACAUUGAUGGUUUAUACCAAAUUAACAUUCAUGCACCAAAUCUCAAGUUCUUUGAAAUUUAUGGUAAAUUUGGGGGUGUUACCUUUGACAACACUUUCCAGUUAGCUAAGAUAGUCAUUACUUCAUGGUUUGAAUUGAACUCGGAAAGUAAUCAAAGUAGAUUGCAUGGAAGCUCUAGCAAUAUGCUCAAAUUUUUCGAUCAUCUACCUCACAUACAGAGCCUAGAGAUUGGUAGUGAUCUUUUAAAGUAUUUGGCUGCAGGUGUUUUGCCAGUAAAGCUUCCUACACCUUGUAUUCAUCUAAGUUAUCUUUCCUUAUGCAUAAACUUGUAUGAAUUGAGGGAAAUUUCUGCUGCUCUUUGCUUACUCAAAAGCUCACCUAAUCUUCGAAAAUUAGAAAUGUUUGCAACGGUUUUGGUGCGUACUAUCCCUUUGACACCCGCUACCUAUUGUUGGGAAGAUAUCUUUUCAGUGCCAACCACGCCCUUCCAAGUGCGACAUAUGAGGAUAGUUGGCAUCUCUGAUACCAAGUUGGAAUUGGAGUUUAUCAAAUUUUUACUUCUAUAUUCUCCUGUGCUAAAAAAGAUGACUGUGAUGCCUGUUGCAAACGUCGUACCGGAGUUGAUGAAAGCACUAAUUCGGUUCAAAAGAGCGUCUGGAGAAGCUGAAGUUAUUUGGCAAGACCCUUUCGAAUAUGGGGAAUGAUCUCCCCCCGCUGCAUUUUCAGUUUCAUCCUAUCUUCCCUGCUUUAUCUGAAGUUCUGAAAUUGGUUAACAAGCUAACUCUCAUCUAAUGAACAGUUCCAAAGCCAUAUAAUUAAACAUCCUUAACAACUGUGAUGUUGCUUAGCCUUAUUCAUAUCUUGUCUGUGGUUCUCUUGAUGAAUCUAUGAGAUCUAACUCACCCAAAAAAAGUUUCUAUCAAAUAUUGUAAACUCAUGCAACAAUGGGGAGAAAUCAUCAAAAGAUUCUCUACGUCGGUUAGGAUUUAUAAUUUGCUGUAUUGAAUUUUGAAUUUGAAGAAUUGAGGUUAUUUUGGAUAACUUAAUGAACUCACUUUCUAGAGACAUGAUUCCUUCUUUGAUGUAAUCAUUUGAAGCAAAAAGGGAUAUACAGUAUAGUUGUUGGAACCUAUCUAUUAUGUGAUUUUUCAACUAAAUUUCUAGUGGAAAUCUAUCAAUGGUAAAAUAGACAUAUUCAAUUGA